UGCCGCCUCUCCUUUCCUUCUUCAAUCUCCUCUUCCUACCCUACCUUGUCUUAGCUCUUCCUCUUCCGUGCUUCCUCGUUCUUCUACUGCGCCGCGGAAGACAGGGAGGCCACUGCUGCUUUCUUGCCUCAGCGUGUCGCGGAGGAGGGAGUGGGACGUUGGGUGAUGGCGAUGAUGGUGGAGGUCGGAGAGGAUGGGGCUCGGAACGAUGAGAAGAGGCCGGCUGUUGAGGUGUCGGAUGAAACUGCGCACCAGAUUAGCACAGAUCCUUGGUAUCAAGUUGGGUUUGUUCUCACAACGGGGAUCAACAGCUCUUACGUAUUGGGGUAUUCAGGAUCAAUCAUGGUUCCUUUGGGAUGGAUAGGUGGUGUAGUUGGUUUACUUUUAGCCGCUGCAAUAUCCUUGAAUGCCAAUGUUCUUAUUGCUCGUCUUCAUAAUGUCGGAGGUAAAAGGCAAAUCAGAUACAGAGAUCUUGCUGGUCACAUAUAUGGAAGGAAAAUGUAUUGUCUUACAUGGGCCCUCCAAUAUGUGAAUCUUUUCAUGAUCAACACCGGUUAUAUCAUUUUGGCCGGGCAAGCACUCAAGGCUAUUUAUGUUCUGUACCGGGAUGAUGGUGCUUUGAAGCUCCCAUACUGUAUAGCAAUUGCUGGAGUUGUUUGUGCUCUUUUUGCCUUUGGAAUACCUCAUCUAUCUGCUUUGAGGAUAUGGCUUGGAUUCUCUACGUUCUUCAGUUUUGUAUAUAUUGUCAUAGCGUUUGUGCUCUCACUUCGGGAUGGAUUGAACAGUCAGAAAAGGGAUUACAGCAUUCCUGCAUCACACUGGGACAGGAUAUUCAGUACCAUUGGUGCAAUUGCUAAUCUUGUUUUUGCGUACAAUACUGGGAUGCUGCCUGAAAUACAGGCAACAAUAAAAGAACCUGCCAUUAAAAAUAUGGAGAAAGCCCUAUGGUUUCAAUUUACAGUUGGUGGUUUGCCUUUAUAUGCUGUCACUUUUAUGGGUUAUUGGGCGUAUGGUUCCUCAACUUCGAGCUAUCUCCUCAACAGCGUUCAUGGACCAGUUUGGGUCAAGACAGUAGCCAACGUUGCAUCCUUUCUCCAGACAGUAAUUGCUUUACAUAUUUUUGCUAGUCCCAUGUAUGAGUACCUGGACACAAAGUAUGGGAGAGGAGGGAGCCCCUUCGCUCUAAAGAAUAUUUUAUUUCGGAUCAUCGUUAGAGGUGGGUACCUCACCAUAAACACACUCCUCUCAGCUCUUCUUCCAUUCCUCGGAGACUUCAUGAGCCUGACUGGGGCUUUGAGCACAUUCCCACUCACCUUUGUUCUCGCAAACCACAUGUAUCUAAUGGCAAAUAUGAAGAAACUCUCAGUUCCUCGAAAGGCUUGGCAUUGGCUGAAUGUUUUAGGCUUCAGCAGCUUGGCUCUCAUUGCUGCUAUUUCUGCAGUGAGGCUCGUAACGGUCGAUUCGAAAACGUAUCAUCUCUUCGCUGAUAUUUGAAAAUAUAUUUUUGUUUGUACGAUUGUUUUUUUGACAUUUGAGAAUUUUUCUUCCUUUUGAAGCACAAUAUUUCGAUCAUUAUCGCCGAACUGUUUCAAACUAUUAUCUUUAAAAUUGAUGUAUUCUAUCAACACUUCAGUGGCAAUCAAAGCUCACAACCCACAAUCUAAUGAGAGAUUAUUACGUGCGGAUGUUGAACGGGUUCAGUGGAAAAUGAGGAGGCGACACGUCAUGUAAUGCACUGUGCAUUGGACGAUAUGACAUCUUCUCAUUUGCCUCCGAACAUGUUCGACAUCAUGUAAUAAUUUUUUCAAGCCAAGAGACGUUGGGUCGGUCAGAAGCAUUCAGGUUUUUU